AUGAAUAAAUCAACUGGUAUUUCAUAUUCAUCUAUUAAUCGAGCUGGUGUUGUUCGAAGAACAUAUUGUAAUCCGUGUUGUGGCUGUCAUCCAUGGUUAAAACUUAAAUCUUGCCUUAAAUCAUGUGCCCGUUUGCCUUGGACCAUAAUUUUUGCCAUACUCAUGUCAUCUAAUGGCAUUGGAUUAAUUUGUUACUCCUUGGUUAGAUCAACUGUUCUUUCUGAUCAACUUACUUAUGAUCUCUUUAAUCGUAAAUAUAUCUGGCUAAAUGACCUGGAAGUUGGUAUAAUUAUUCUUGGUUUUGUUAUUUCUCUUCUUAUAUUGAUAAAUUUAAUCAUUGGAUGUACCACCAAUACCCAAAAAAGACCAAGAUACAAUUUUACCACCAGUUGUUAUGACAACUUAUGCACUCCAGCCUCAAAUUGUGUUGUUAAAACACUUUUUAUUAUCAACUAUAUUCUGUUGGUAAUAACGAUUGCUGCCACUCUAACUCUUGGUAUAUUUUUAUUUGCUGCUUACACUACUUCAUCAUUAUGUGCAAACACUUUUUCCGAUGGAAACAUCAAUACCGAUGCUGAUAUUACACCUAACUCCAAUCAAACUCGAGAUUCACUAAAUUUACUCAUAUUCCAACCUUUCAUUGGAUUGCCUCAAAAUGAAACACAACUACUUAUCUUAACAGGAUCCAGAUUGACCAAAUUUUGCGAUGAGUUGAUUCCCUCAGUAUUGGUUUAUGUCCAGAUGUGCUUUGCCGGGUUGAUUCUUCUCGUCACUGGCUUACUCAAUUUCAUUUUAACUGUUAACACUAACUGGACUGUAAUAACAACCAAGAGAAAAUUUGAAGAAGUUGUCUUCCUUAAUUCAGCUGAAAUGACUAAUUUUGAUGAAAUGGAGUGA